AAUGUCCUGAUCUCUCGGUGGCAGAUGUUACUCCUGGCUUUGUCUAGUUGGCCAUCUUGGUUGCUACACUGCUACUGAUUUUUGUAUGUUGAUUUUCUAUCUUCAACAAGGACUUACUACUCUCAUUUUGUUAUUUGUCUUCUAACUAUUUUGUGGUCUUCUCUUCCUUCCUUCCGGUAUUCCUUUUUUCUCUGAUUGUAUGUUUUAAUUUCUGGCUUUUUAUUUUUUGUGUAUCUGUUGUAGGGGUUGUGGUUUAUUUGUUUAUUUGUGUUGUAUUGCCCAGGCUGGAGUGCAGUGGUACAAUCUCAGCUCACUGCAACCUCCACCUCCUGGGCUCAAGCAAUUCUCUUGCCUCAGCCUCCUGAGUAGCUGAGACUACAGGCAUGUGCCACCAUGCCUGGCAAAUUUUUGUAUUUCUAGUAGAGAUGGGAUUUCACCAUGUUGACCAGGCUGGUCUCAAACUCCUGACCUCAAGUAAUCUGCCCAACUUGGCCUCCCAAAGUUGUAGGUUUUUAAUUUGAGGUUACCAUAAGGCUUGCAGAUAACAUCUUGUAACUCAUUAUUUUAAACUGAUGACAACACUAAAUGCAAAAACAAACACACUGACAAAUGAGCAAUGAGAAAACUAAUAAAAACUUUAGACUUUAACUUCAUUCCCUUGCUUUGUAACACUUCGUUGUUUUUAUUUAUGUCUUGAAAAGUUGUUGUAAUUAUUAUUUUUGAUGGGUUCAUCUUUUUGUCUUUCCAUGCCAGAUGCGAAUAGUUUAUACACCACAGUUACAGUGUUAUGCUAUUAUUUGUUUUUCAGCAUACCUACUAUUAUCAAUGAGUUUUGCAUCUUCACAUGAUUUCUUAUUGCUUGUUAACAUCCUUUUCUUUCAGAUUGAAGAACUCCCUUUAGCAUUUCUUGUAGGACAGGUCUGGUGUUGAUGAAAUCCUUCAGCUUGGGUUUGUCUGGAAAAAGUCUUUAUUUAAUCUCCAUGUUUGAAGGGUAUUUUUGCUGGAUAUACUGUUCUUUUUUUUUUUUUUUUUUUUUGAUGCAUAGCCUCACUCUGUCACCCAGGCUGGAAUGCAGUGGCAUGACCUUGGCUUUCUGCAACUCCACCUCCCAGGUUCAAGAGAUUCUCCUGCCUCAGUCUCUGGAGUAGCUGGGAUUACAGGCAUGCACCACCAUGCCUGUCUAAUUUUUGUAUUUUUAGUAGAGAUGGGGGUUUCACCAUGUUGGCCAGGCUGGUUUCUGACUCCUGACUGCAAGUGAUCCACCCUUCUUGGCCUCCCAAAGUGCUGCAAUUACAGGGGUGAGCCACCACGCCUGGCUUUGAUAUAUAUUCUAAUAUAAAAGUUUUUUUUCCUUUGGCACUUUAACUAUAUCAUGCCACUCUCUCCUUGCCUAUAAGGUUUCCACUGAAAAGGCUGCUGCCAGAUAUAUUGGAACUCCUUUGUAUGUUAUUUCUUUUCUCUUGCAGCUUGCUUGAUCCUUUCCUCCUUAUCCUUGACCUUUGGGAGUUUGAUCAUUAAAUUGUCUUGAGGUAGUCUUAUUUGGGUGGAAUCUGCUUGGUGUUCUAUAACCUUCCUGUACAUGAAAGUUGAUAUCUGUCACCAGGUUUGGAAAGUUUUCUGUUAUUAUCCCUUUGAAUAAACUUUCGACCCUGAUCUCUCUGUACCUUCUCUUUAAGGCCAGUAACUCAGAUUUGCCCUUUUAAAGCUAUUUUCUAGAUCUUGUAGGCAUGCUUUAUUCUUUUCUAUUCUGUGUAUUUUCAAAUAGCCUGUCUUCAAGCUCAUUCAUUAUUCUUCUGCCUAAUCAAUUCUGCUGUUGUGGAACUCUGAUGCAUUCUUCAGUAGGUCAAUUAAAAUUUUCAGCUCCAGAAUUUCUGCUUGAUAUUUCAAAAUUAUUUUAAUAUUUUUGUUAAAUUCAUCUGAUAGGAUUAUGAAUUCCUCCUCUGUGAUAUUUUGAAUUUCAUUGAGCUUCCUCAAAGCAGCUAUUUUGAAUUCUCUGAAGGGUCACAUAUCUCUAUUACUCUGAGAUUGGUCACUAGUGCCUUAUUUAAUUCAUUUGGGAGGUCGUGUUUUCCUAGAUGCUUGUGGAUCUUUGUCAAAGGUCAACAUCUGGGCAUUGAAGAGUUAAGUGCUUAUGUAGUCUUUGCAGUCUAGGCUUGUUUGUACCCUUCCUUCUUGGGAGGGCUUUCCAAGUAUUCAAAGGGAAUUGGGUAUUGUUAUUUCAGUCUUUGGUUACUGCAUCUGUAUCUACAUUAGGGGUCAUUGGAAACCUAGUAAAGUAACACUGUGAUGCUUGCAGACACAUAGAUAUACCACCUUGGUGGUAUUGCAUAAGAUCUGAGAUAAUUUCCUGGACUACCUGGCAGGGACCCUUGUUCUCUUCCCUUACUUUCCACUAAACAAAUGCAGUCUCUCUUUCCAUGCUGAGCUGCCUAGAGCUGGGGAAGGAGUGUCCACCACCACUGAGACUGCCCUGGGUCAGAACUGAAGCUAGCACAACACUGGGUCUCACCCAAGGCCAGCAGCAACCACUGCCUGGCUACUUGCCAGUGUUCACUCAAGGCCUGACAGCUAUUCAGUCAGCAGGUGGCAAAUCCAGCCAGGCUUGUGUUUCCCUCUUCAUGGCAGCAAGCUCCCUACCCUAGCACAGGGAGGGCCCACAAACACCAUCUGGAAGCCAGGGCCUGGAGUUGGGAACCUUAGGAAUCUGCUUGAUACUCUAUUCUACUGUGGCUGAGCUGGCACCCAAGCCAUAAGACAAAGUCCUUCCCACUCUUCCCUCUUUUUUCCUCAAGUAGGAGUCUCUCCCUAUGGUCACCACCACCUCAGGCCCAUGGCAAGUACUUCCUGGUCACUGCUGAUGUUCACUCAAGGCCUACAUGGUAAGCACUGCCUGGCUACAGCUGAUAUUUAUUCAGAAACCAAAAACUCUGAAAACUAAGGCAAAUGCAAAUCAAACCACUAUAACAUACCACUACACACCUAGUAGAAUGGCUAAAAUUAAGAACACUAACCAAACUAACUGUUGGUGAGGAAGCAGAAAAUUAGACCUCUCAUAAGCUGUUGGUGGGAAUGUAAAAUGACACCACUAUUUUGGAAAAAAGAUGGGCAGUCUCUUAGCAAGUUAAGCAUACGAGUACCACAUGAUCUGGCAGUUCACUCCCAGGUAUUUAUCUGAGGGAAAAGGAAGCUUAUGUCCCUAAAAAGACCCAUGCAUGAUUAUUCAUACUACCUUUAUCAGUAAUAGCCAAAAAGUGGUAACAGCCCACAUGUUCAGAUGAAUGAUUAAACAAAUUAUGGUAUAACCAUACAGUGGAAUAAUACUGAGUAAUUAAAAAAGAAUGAAGUACUGAUAUAUGCUACAACAUAAACCCCAAAAUAAUUAUUCUUUGAAAGAAGCCAGGCAAAAAGAGCACAUAUGGUAUGAUUCUUUUUAUGUAAAAUUCUCAAAAUAGCCACAUAAGGAAGUCAAAAAAUAAAAUACACUUCUUAAAAUGUAAAACAUUUAAACUACAUAGGGCACAUUUUUAUAUUUUGGCUGCCCAGAAUCUGAACACCCUUUUAAAGGAGGAAUCCUAAAUUUGAGAAGUAGCAGUAUCCUUCUGUCCAGAAUGGAAGUUGAAAUAGACAUAAAAUUUCUCUUCCCACUCCUUGCAGCUAAAAUAUGGGUACAUGACCCAGAUUACCUGGCAUGUUAAUGUUAUGCUAAUAAGAUUGUACUACGUGAACUAUCUGAGACUUUGACCUUUAAGGGGUUCAGAUUGAGGUUAUUUGUAGUGGAGUCAAGGAUUAACAUUACAGCAGAUGUUUCCAAGAGUAUGGAGGUCAGUAGUGAGAUAUUGAGUGUCAGGGUGAUGGGGUCAGAGUUGGUGUCCAAACAGAUUACUCCUGUGGCAGGAUCUUGUCUGUGCAUUUCCUCCUUCAGCUCCCAUUUUGCUCUCUGCAACUAUUUGUAAAUACCAUGAGCCACUUCCUACUGUUCUGUAGUAGACAUUACUAUUACUCACCACUAUCCAGUUCUCUCUUCCUUCCUAGCAGUUGGUAGACUCCACUUACUAGUCCUCUUGGACUUAGGGAGGGGCAUGUGAUUAAGUCCAGUUGAGGCACUCAAGAGGCCUUACAUGAUCCUCUAGUGUCUUUCCUCCUGACUUGGUGACCAGCAGCAUUCCAGAUAAUGAACCCUCCAUCAUUCUGGGUCCCCAAGUGAGAAUAUGGAAUGGAUUUCCUGCCUUCAACCUUCGCUGGCUCUGUAGGAUGAGUAAGAAACUUUUCUUAUGUGUGUUAGGCCACUAACAUUUGAAAGUUUAAUAUUCUGUUCCAAUAUCCAAGAAUUUAUCCAUUCCAUAAAUUCUUUCUGUUUAGAUGAAUCAGGAUUUGUUUCUGUGCCCUGACAAAUUCAGGUGUUGGUACUAGAGUGAGAGUUGUAGGCAACAUAGAGAUAGGAGGAAUCUAGAAUUGGUUAUCAGGCCUUGUUUGGAGAUAAAGGCAAUUUAAAAAUCAUAUUAGGAGCAAAGUCACCAAAAUGGCAAAGAAGAAACAAUCUGGCUUUACUCUCCCCCACAGAAAGCCAAAAACAGUAUCCACUGCCAAGAUUAUCACUAGCAAUAUCUCAAAACUCAAAGUUGAGGCUUAGACAAUCCCUAGGAUCACAGGGAAGUGAGAAACUUUGAGCAUACAGUAAGAGAAAUAGGCUUCUCCAUCUGUGAGACCCCUCCCACAGUCUACCAUGUACCAUGUAUGGAAAGUUCCUCCCACACAAAUAGUUUCUGCACUGGAAAAAGUGAGAUUGAAGCUGGCAUCCAUCUUCACCAUCAUAUUGGGUUCCCUUGCAGGAAAAUCAUUCCUGGCUCAUCUCACAGGAAGCAUUGAGAGUGCCUGUAGGGAGAAAAACUGAGGGCAGCUAGAGACAGAGGAGAUAGGAGCACAAACCCCAGCCCUCAAAAUUUUGCUCUUUUUCUUAGCCAAAGGAGAUGCCAAAUCAGAGUUGCUGUUCAGCAGCACCAUGCCGUGGGAGACGCAUGCUCCACAGGUCUUCUGGGACAUGAACCCCUAGCCAGCCUUCCCACACAUCUGAGAUAUUCCUUGUAGAACCCUUCCCUCAAUCUAGGACCAGCAGUACUGUCUUAGUCUGUUUAUAUUGCUAUAAAGGAAUACAAAUACCCAAGGCUGAGUAACUUAUAAAGAAAAGAGAUUUAUUUGGCUCAUGGUUCUACAGGCUGUAUGGCACUGGCAUCUGCCUCUGGUGAGGGCCUCAGCUACCACUCAUGGCAGAAGAAGAGGGGAACUGGUGUGUGCAGAAAUCACAUGGCAAGAGAGGAGGCAAGAGAGAGAGAGGUAGAGAGGUGCCGAUUUUUUUUAAACGACUGGCUCUAUAGCCUUCAAAAGAAUUAACAGAGCAAGAACUCACUCAUUACUAUGAGGACCACACCAAGACAUUCAUAGGGGUUUUGCCCGCAUGACCCAAACACCUCCCAUUAGGCCCCAUCCCCAAUAUUGAGGAUCAAAUUUCAACAUGAGAUUUGGAGGGGCCAAAUAUUCAAACCAUAGCAAGUGCUUUGGAUGUUUGUAAAAGCUGAGGCAAACCUGGAUUUAAGGCACCAACUAGUCCUAAAAAGGAGGCAAUGAUCUGGGAUUAGGGAACUCACAGACAGUUGCAAAGAACCUCUAAGGAAACAUGCCACAGAGAGAUCAAAACAAACCAAACACAAAUAUGGGAAUAAAUAACUAAUUCCUCAAUAUAAAGCCAUAAACAUACAUUUAUAAGAACAACAACAAAUGAAACCAUGACCUCCCCAAAUGAAAAAAACAAGGAGCCAGUGACCAACCCUUAUAAGAAUUUGAUGUGUGAGCUUUACUAUUAAUUCUACUCAAGCAAUUCCAAAGAACUGAAGAGAAAGGAAUACUCCCAAACUCAUUCUACAAGACCAGGAUUACCCUGAUGCCAAAACCAGACAAAAACAUAAUUUAAAAAGGCAAACUACAGGUCAGUAUCUUUGAUAAAUACAUAUGCAGAAAUUCUCAACAAAAUGCUAGCAAACCAAAUACAAUAACAUUUUAAAAAUAUCAUUCACCAGUCUGACUUGGCGGUGAGCUGAACCUGAGGUUGCUGGGGGCUGCCCACUGGGUCUUGCCCGAGAUGGACAGCCGGAUUCCUUAUGAUGACUACCGGGUGGUUUUCUUGCCUGCCUAUGAGAAUCUGUUAGCAUGGAUUCCUCCUUAUAAGAGGUUAUACCACGCAGACUACAACAAUGAGUUGACCCAGUUUCUUCCCCAAACCAUCACACGGAAGAAGCCUCCUGGAGCUCAGAUGGGAUUUAACAUCCGAGGAGGAAAGGCCUCCCAGCUAGGCAUCUUCAUCUCCAAGGUAAUUCCUGACUCUGAUGCACAUAGAGCAGGACCUCAGGAAGGGGACCAAGUUCUAGCUGUGAAUGAUGUGGAUUUCCAAGAUACUGAGCACAGCAAGGCUGUUGAGAUCCUGAAGACAGCUUGUGAAAUCAGCAUGCGUGUCCGCUUCUUUACCUACAAUUAUCAUCUCCAAAAGGAGCAGACUGUGCACUAGAGAGUUGCAGCCCACAGCCCUUCAUGUGGACUCUGCCACAACAUGCUAACUAGACUUCAGGGGAGCUACUUCUACAUUCAGCCCUUCCCUGUCAUAGUGGAGUUGAUAGGAUGGGGAGACAGCUAACCAACUGAAUUACCCAAACUGUAUUGCACUUUUAGUUCCCUAGUUUUCUAGGUGAGCUUCAUUCCCUGAAAAGGAGAAGGAUGAUGAUAUCUAGGCAUAACCUAGCCUGUGAGGAAUGUAGUUAGGAAAGACCACUGACAUUUAUUGAAGACCAUGUUCUAGUCCCUUACACAUGUCAUAUUUUAAUUCUAGAAAUCAGUAGCAAAAAGAAUCUUGGGGAUUUCCCAUCUGACUUGCCUGGCCAUCUUAUCCCAUCCUUGUACUACCAGAGGUUUCAUACACUUUGGAGACUCCCAUGAGACCCUGAUUUCUCCCCUUCCUCCUCUUAGCCUCUCCCCGCAAAAGUAAAACACAAUGCUGAAGAAAAA